AUGAAAAGAAAUCCAACAAAUGACAAUGAAGAUGAAUUAACAUCUACAUCUGUAAUAGCAAUGAGAACAAAUGAUCAUAAAAAAUUAUUACCACCACGAAAAAAACUUAAGUUUGGUGUUGAUGCAAUUCUUGGUACACCUGCAGAUAAUGAAUCUUCAUUCGAUGCUGGCAGUGAAUCAGAUGAUGAUCUAAGACAUAAAAUACGUGUUCAUGUUGAAUCACCUAUUUCAACUAGUUCAUCUGUUUCUUCAAGUGAACCUUCUAUUGCUAAAUCUCCACAUUUCAAACCACCAUUUCCAGCACAUCUCAAUAGUAGUUCACCAUCAUCCGAUCAACAUUCUUUACCACCUUCAGCACUUCUCUCACAUCCUAUGUAUGGUUCAUCAGUAUAUAUACCAUUCAAUUGUCUCACAGCAAACAACAAUAAUAAUGGCAUUAAUGGAUUAUCACGAGAACACAACAAUGAACAACAACAACAACAACAAAAUCUUCAUGAUCGUCUUUUUCUUCAAAUGGCUUCUGUUAAUCGACAACAUCAUUUAUCAUUCGAUGGUCAUCCACCACCGCCUAAUGGUUUAUGGCGUCCAUCUCUUCGACCAUUUAUUGGUAAUCAACCAGGUAGUUAUUUUGGUAAUAGUGUUUCGCCGUCAAUGGGUGGAUCAACACCAUCAUUAUUAAAUGGUACAGCACCACCAAAUGGACUUUAUCUCCCACCUCCACCAUCAAGUAUAUUUUGGCCUUUAGGAUUGCGAAGUAAACCUCGUCGUGGAAUGUUACGCCGUGCUGUUUUUUCUGAUCAACAACGUAAAGGUCUUGAAGUUGCUUUUCUUAAACAAAAAUAUAUUAGUAAACCGGAAAGAAAAAAAUUAGCUCAACGUCUUGGAUUAAAAGAUUCUCAGGUCAAAAUAUGGUUUCAAAAUCGUCGUAUGAAAUGGCGAAAUACCAAAGAACGAGAAUUGCUUACAUCAAAUUCAACAAAUAAUAAUAAUAGUACUACUGCUACUAAUAACAAUAAUAAUAAUAAUAAUAAUUUUACUGAUGGAACAGAAUCUACAUCAUCAACUAAAAAUUCAACAAGCAAUGAUAAAAAUGAUUUAUGUAAUUUAUCAAAUGAUUGUUGUGAUUGCCAACAACAACAACAACAGCAGCAGCAAAAAGAUGAUGUCACUCCAUUUUGUCAUUCCUUACUUGCUAAUGAUGGUGAUGAUGAUGAUGAUGAUGAAACAAAUAAUUCGGAUGUUGAUGUUAAUAGUGAUGAUGAAGCCAAUAAUUCCGAUAUAAAUGUCAAUAAUGAUUUAAGAAGACCAUAA